UUGGGGACUAACAUUUUCUCCUUACUUCAAUGCCACAACUCUUCUAUUUUUGCACUCACUUUACACCACCUUUGUCCUUUGACCAUAUUUGUCUAGCUUACUGCUUCUCCAGUUUCUCUACAUAUUUCUCCUUUUUUAUACUACUAGCUUAAUCCUCUAAAAAAAUAAUCAAUCCAUUGAGGUUGAGCUCUAGUAGUGGCUAGCAACAUUAUAUGCAUCAAGAAUAGAAACUAAAGCAUAUAACAGAGUGUGUCUGUGUGUUUUGUCAGCUGGGAUUUAUCAAGAUUCAGUUUUUGCCCCAUUUUCACUGUGUGUGUGUGUUUUUGUCAACUGGGGUCUAUCAAGAUUAAAUAUUUCCCCCAUUUUCAUAGUCAACUAGGCUUUAUCAAGAUUUAAUCUUUUUUUCCAUUUUCACAGUGUGUGCAUUUUUGUGUGUUUUGUCAGCUGGGAUUUAUCAAGAUUCAAUCUUUUUGCUUCAUUCUAAUAGUGUGUGCAUUGUCAACUGGGGUUUAUCAAGAUACAAUUUUUUCCCCAUUUUCAUAGGGUGUGUGUGUUUUGUCAGCUGGGGUUUAUCAAGAUUCAAUCUUUUCCCCUUUUCAUAGGUGUGUUUUGUCAUCUAGGCUUUAACAAGUUUCAAUCUUUUUUCCAUUUUCACAGUGUGUGCAUUUUUGUGUGUUUUGUCAGCUGGGAUUUAUCAAGAUUCAGUUUUUGCCCCAUUUUCACUGUGUGUGUGUGUUUUUGUCAACUGGGGUCUAUCAAGAUUAAAUAUUUCCCCCAUUUUCAUAGUCAACUAGGCUUUAUCAAGAUUUAAUCUUUUUUUCCAUUUUCACAGUGUGUGCAUUUGUGUGUGUGUUUCAUCAACUGGGGUCUAUCAAGAUUUAAUCUUUUCCCCCUUUUCAUAGUGUGUGUUUUUUUUUGUCAACUGGGGCUUAUCAAGAUUUUUUUCUUCAUUUUGACAGUAGGUGUGUGUUUUGUCAGCUGGGGUUUAUCAAGAUACAUUUUUUUCCCCAUUUUCAUAGGGUGUGUGUGUUUUGUCAGCUGGGGUUUAUCAAGAUUCAAUCUUUUCCCCUUUUCAUAGGUGUGUUUUGUCAACUAGGCUUUAACAAGAUUCAAUCUUUUCCCCCUUUUCAUAGGUGUGUUUUGUCAUCUAGGCUUUAACAAGUUUCAAUCUUUUUUCCAUUUUCACAGUGUGUGCAUUUGUGUGUGUGUUUCAUCAACUGGGGUCUAUCAAGAUUUAAUCUUUUCCCCCUUUUCAUAGUGUGUGUUUUUUUUUGUCAACUGGGGCUUAUCAAGAUUCAAAUUUUUCUUCAUUUUGACAGUAGGUGUGUGUUUUGUCAGCUGGGGUUUAUCAAGAUUCAAUUUUUUCCCCAUUUUUUGCUGUGAAAAUGGUAAUGGAAGGGAUUCAAGAAGAUAUAGGUGAUGGGAAUAUGCAAUGUAUGAAUCAUCCUUAUAAGAACAGUUCCCCAGGUGGGAUCUGUGCUUUGUGCCUUCAAGAAAAACUUGGAAAGUUGGUUUCUUCCUCUUUUUCUUCUUCCAUUUUCCCUUCUUCUUCUUCUUCCUCUAGUUCAAGAUCUGAUUUUGUAGCCACUUCUUCCACUACUACAACUUCAACCCUACAAGCCCCAACAACUAACAAAAAUACCACUGAUUGUGUUAACUAUCAUCCUUAUGAAAACAAUAUUAGGAAAUCAAAAAUGCAUUUUUUGAAUAAGGGUAGUAAUAGUAAUGUUAAUGUUAAUAUGGCAAGUUCUGGUUCAGAUUCUGGCAUUGUUUUUAAGAGAAGUAAGUCAACUACAACCCCAAGAAAUCAUUUGCAUUUCUUGGAAGCUAAUGAAAGAGAAGAUUAUGGUCCUCACAGAAAAGGGUUCUGGUCUUUUCUUCAUUACUCAUCCUCAAAGCAUUAUUCUUCCACAGGAUCAUCUAUGAACAGUUCUAAAACAUCAAGGGAGAAGAAGAAAGAAGAGAUUGUUGUAGUGGAAGAGAAUGAGAGUCCUAAUGAGACUUCAUUUAACAAUAAAGUAGCAAGAUCAAGAUCUGUUGGUUGUGGAAGUAGGAGUUUUUCAGGUGAUUUAUUUGAAAAAAUCUCGACAGGUUUUGGAGAUUGCACAUUAAGAAGAAUCGAGUCACAAAGAGAAAGCAAACCAAGAUUUUCAUCUGUUCAUCAUAAAGAAAGAGUUAACUGUGGUGGCAUAUUAUCAUAUUUGGUUUCUUCUGAAGUAAAUAAUCUGAAUGGAAAAUCACAUCAUAUUGCUAAUGGAAGAAGUAAGAAUUGGGGAUGGGCCUUAGCAAGUCCAAUGAGAGCUUUUAGCAAAACAUCAUCAAGUGUGAAAAGAGAAGAUUCAAAUGAUAACAAGAAUGCUACUCCAAACUUGGCUGCAAUUCCUUCCUUGUUGACAGUUAGCAGCUAGAAAGAAACUUCUUUUAAUCUAAUUUAAGUGAAAGACGCUAACGUUUUGAGCAGGCGGGGAUUGGAGCUAUUGAUCCAGAAAGAACGAGGCGUUGAAAGCAAAUCCGUAAGAUUGAUCUGAUUCCUCCAUAGCUACUACUACUACUGAUACUAUUAUACAAAUUUGCAUUAUAUUCUUGUGUAGAAACUAUGUUCAUUUAUCAGGUUUUAUCAACUAAUUUCUCUGUUUCAUCACUGUUUAUUAGAGCCCUUCCUUCUUUUUUUGGUCUUGUUGCAAGGUGGAUGUUGAUUUCUCAUAAUUAUUACUUUUGUAUGACAAUGUAGAAUGAUGAUGAUUGAGUUGAAUUCAAAUCUUUUGUAGUGUUUGGGCAUUGAGAUGAUUAAAGAAUGAGUUCUCUUCUUUUUGUUUGAUCAAUUGUUUGUAAUGAUUUUCAAUGAGAGCAAUUCC